AAGGUGGCAGUCGAGCUGAUUGGUCGCAGUUACUGCUUGUUGGAAGCUGCUUAGUAUUUUAGUAGUUUCAACAAACUGUCGUUUAUUUGUUCACUGUCGCAGUUACCCGAAUUGUCAUUUGAUAGAACUUCGUUCGUAUCUAGUGCUUUUUUGCGGUUAACGUAUUAAUUAACCAUUAUUUGUGAUUCACACGAGCGAGACUUGUAAUAUGUGAUACAGUGGUUUUACGAUCGCAAUUUACACAAGGAUUUCUGUAUGUUGGAUAUACCGUGAACCACACAGUGCUCGCUUUACAUAAGGACCAAUCAACACGUCAAGAUUACUCAAUCAAAAAUGAAAUUGGCUCCAGGACCAUUACCCCCUAUUCCUACAGGAACUACGAUGGAACGUCUUCCAAUACCACUACCCUUCAGCCCAGAUUUGCUAUGGAGAUAUCCCUUAGGAUUUUCAUCAGUUCAGUCUCCGCAAUUACCUCCUUCUCCCUUAUUUGAUUACAAAAGUCAGCUCCCAACAAGUUUGGCCACCGAUCCUAGAGUGUGGUCUCGAGAAGACGUAAUCACUUUCUUAAAAUGGUCAGAAAGAGAAUUCGAUUUGCAACCGAUUGAUUUGGAUAUGUUCCAAAUUAAUGGCAAAGCAAUGUGUUUGCUCACAAGAACUGAUUUGUCAGAAAGAGCUCCAGGUUCUGGUGAUGUUUUACAUAACGUUCUUCAGUUAUUAGUUCGAGAAGCAAACCUGAUCCAAAGGUGUCUUCCAUCAAGUCCUGUGACCCCAACAACACGUCAACCCUAUCCAUUUUCUCCGCAUGCAACUCAUCCUCCUACUCCCAACUGGAACAUUCUUUCCCAAAAUGGAACAGAUUUUUCUCAUUCAUCUCAUGCUGCCAAUCUUGCAGUCCAUCUGAUCGCUCAAAGCAACUCGGUUACGUUGAGCCCAGCUCCGUCAGUCGACAGUCAAGCUGGGAGUCCGCAACAUGCUGAGACCGUUCAUACCUCUUCAUCUUUUGGUGGACGAUCUGUUUUCAGUUCUAAUGGAAAUGGCAGUAAUGGGAGUGGAAGUAAUCAGUCUGAUUCCGAUGAAGAUAGUUAUGUGGAAGGGAAGAGUGGUCAAAAUUGUAGUCCACCGAAUACUCCCAAUGCUUACUCACUGCCACCUUCUUUGCCACACACAAAUGGCAGUGGCGCACCACCCAGAAGCCCUAAAGAAACUGCUUCCAGUCCAGGAGCAUUUAAAAUGGUCAAACGGGAAUUCUUCCCCAGUGAAUCUUCAGAACCAAACACCAAUGGCCGUUUAUUGUGGGAUUUCCUUCAGCAAUUACUUAACGAUCCUGCUCAAAGGUACACCAAUUAUAUUGCCUGGAAAGAUAUGGUUACUGGUGUUUUCAAAAUUGUGGACCCUGCUGGUCUAGCUAAGCUGUGGGGCAUACAGAAGAACCACUUAUCCAUGAAUUACGACAAAAUGUCUCGAGCCUUACGAUAUUAUUAUAGAGUAAAUAUUUUAAGGAAAGUUCAAGGAGAAAGGCACUGUUACCAAUUUUUACGGAAUCCUUCUGAACUUAAGAACAUUAAAAACAUAUCAUUAUUAAGACAACAAAUGUCCCCAACAAGGACAACUGCUCCAUCGCAGGUGUUAAGUCAAAUGCCGGUCAAACACGAACCUGUUGAUAGUGAACAUCACAACGAGGUAAGAACGUCACAAGAAUUCGAAGACAAGCCAACGGAUUUAAGUAUGGACACACCCACGGAUCUAAGUUAUAAUAGUAACAGUAGGCAUGUGAAUGUGGUCUGUUCCCCAGACCAUCCCGCGACACAAAUACGGGACCAUCCUUACUAUGUGAAGAAAGAGGAAGCCAAGUGAUAAUUGUUUGUAAUGUAUGUUAAGUAUAUUUUAGGGUUACGACUGCAGAGUGCCAAUUUUGAAAUGUGCAAAGAGCAAACUAUUUUUUAAUUGUAUACUUUCCCGAAUUCAACGAGUUAUCGCAACUGGCGUGCCAAAUUCUAGAUAGAAUUUGCCUGUGAAGUAGUCUGUUUGCGGGGGGGGGGGCGGCAGCUUGAUUGCACUUUAAGACAGUAUGAAACUUCAACCAAGUAAUAUAUAUAUAUACCUAAGAGGUAUAUAUACAGUAAAUUGCUCAAUGUUAUUGUGAAUCUACAACAGGGUAAAAUGUUUAGAAUUAGAGCGCAAUUUUGUCAAAAAGAUUGACUUGAAAUUUGCACUUGAUAUUUGUAGUAUAAAACAAUAAUCAUGAAAUUAUUGAACACUACUUGUCUUCAUCUUUUUAAAUGUGGUUAUGCAAAUAUAGUUCACAACAUUUUAAAUGUCAUCAACUGAAACUCAUAAAUGGCAUUUGAUAAGGGUAUUGGUAAAUUUUUUAGUUAAUCAACAUUACUUAAAAAAUGCUUAUAAUUUUGUGGGUUCGAAUUGUUUUUUUGUUGUUUUAUCACUUUACAAAUAUCAUUAGUUCUGUAUAAGGCAAUCAGCCCAAUGUGCUUUAUUCAAGGUCGCUUACGAAACAUGGAAAUUAGUCAUUUGUGUUAGGAAAACCGCAUACUGACGAUUUAUAGGGUCAAUAAAUGUAGGUUUACAAAUUGGCAAAUUUAAAUUUCCAUAGACUACUGUUUUAUGCAUUUGGGUAAAAUUUGUAUAAAAUUGUUCUUGGGUAACUGGGAGAGGAACGCUUGAAAUGCGAUUAGAAUUGUAAAAAAAAUUUAAAGAAUUUAACUUAGUUAUUUAUGAAAUUCUAGAAGCCAACUAUUUGAGAUAAAACGAUGCAAUAUUUUUUCUUUGAAUUUUUGAAAACUAAACACUUCCAAUUCUAUUCAGUUUCAUUUUAAUAUAUAUCAAGAAUAUGUUGAGGUAAUUAACUGGUCAUUGCUCCUUCAAAUGCAAUUUUACAUACUUGAUUUAGUAAUAAAUAUUUUUACAAAAUUAAAUAACGUGGGCUACCAGGGUUUUAUACACGAGUACUUUUAAUCCUCAUAUUUCAGCAUUUUACAAUAAUUAAUAUAUCAUUUCACCAGUUUCGUAUUGUCUUAAAGAUAAUUAUGUGAUGCAUUUAAUAGAAAGUGACAAUAACAAUAAUAUUUAUAUCACGAAAGAUAUAUGUACAAAAGAGAUGGACUGGAAUUAUGCAUAAAAACAAUAGUAAUGGGCUGCACUUUUUUUUAAGAGUGUGUUUAAGCCGUCAGGGAUAAUAGUUAAAAAAAAUUGUGUACUUUACAAAGUGAUAGUGCCUCAAAUUUAAAUUGUAAAACAGUUAUCAAAAAAGAAAUAUAUAUAUAAUACUAAGAGGUAGGAAAUUUCCAGCUCUGUUUCUGUGAUCUCUUUUUAAAAUAUAUUUAGAAUUAUAUGUAUAUUAUAAACAAUACAACAAAUUAAGCGAUGUGUGUGAUAUUGACUGAAAUAUUUGAAAAAAAUCGCACCAUUUGACUUUUAUUUUCGUUAUGGGCUUUUGAAAGGGUUUAAUUCAUAUUUUUUUGUUUAGUAAAAACAAGGGUGCAAUAUUUUUCAAAUUUUUGAAGUUCAUUAAAGAACUCGCUACCACAAUCUUGUGUAUAAAUAGUACAAAGACUGAUUUGCUUUCCAAAAUAAUGGAAAUCUAGGAACUUUUUGACAAUUUUUAUUUCUGUGUAUCAUUUUUAACUUUGCAGUUAAAUUACCUUGAUUGUGGUUGCGGUGUCUUUCUUUGAAUCAACAGUUGUGCGUGUGACCUGUAUUUGUAAAUAAAAUAGAAAAAGGUGUAAUUUUUCAUACUGAGGAGUAGAUAUUAGAUAUUAAGGUUUUAGCAGAAGUUUUCUGCCACCAGCUUUACUUAUGUACGAUAUGAAUCGAAUUUUUGUGUCAAAUUGGUAUAAUUGUUCCAUCUAGAUUAAUUUACAUUUUUUGUUACAGCUUUAUGUUAAAGCUGUAUUAAAUCAGAUAUUAUUUUAUUGUUAAAAUAAUAAUUAUGUUUAAAAUAUAAUGAAAAUGCUGACUCGAA